GAGAAGGAGGAGGAGGAGGAGGAGGAGAAGACAAAAGCCGAAAGCUAGCCGGGACCGGGCCGCACACUCGGACUGCCGGCGUGGGAGUCCGCAGUGCACCCGGCGUCCGGGUCGGCAGGCGGCAUGGGGAAGGGAGGCAACCAGGGCGAGGGGGCCACGGAGCGCGAGGCGCCGAUGCCCACCUUCAGCUGGGAGGAGGUUCAGAAGCACAACCUGCGCACCGACAAGUGGCUCGUCAUCGACCGCAAGGUCUACGACAUCACCAAAUGGUCCAGCCGGCACCCGGGGGGCCACCGGGUCAUCGGGCACUACGCGGGGGAAGAUGCCACGGAUGCCUUCCGCGCCUUCCACCGUGACCUUGAUUUCGUGCGCAAGUUCAUGAAGCCUCUGCUGAUUGGAGAGCUGGCCCCGGAGGAGCCCAGCCAAGACCAUGGCAAGAAUUCCCAGAUCACUGAGGACUUCCGGGCCCUGAGGAAGACCGCCGAGGACAUGAACCUGUUCAAGAGCAACCACCUGUUUUUCCUCCUCCUUCUGGCCCACAUCAUUGCCAUGGAGAGCAUCGCCUGGUUCACCAUCUUUUACUUUGGCAACGGCUGGAUCCCGACGGUCAUCACGGCCUUUGUCCUUGCUACCUCUCAGGCCCAAGCUGGAUGGCUGCAACACGAUUAUGGCCACCUGUCAGUCUACAAGAAGUCCAUGUGGAACCACCUUGUGCACAAGUUCAUCAUUGGCCACUUGAAGGGUGCCUCCGCCAACUGGUGGAACCAUCGCCACUUCCAGCAUCACGCCAAGCCCAACAUCUUCCACAAGGAUCCGGAUGUGAACAUGCUGCAUGUGUUUGUCCUGGGCGAGUGGCAGCCCAUCGAGUACGGCAAGAAGAAACUGAGAUACCUACCUUACAACCACCAGCACGAGUACUUCUUCCUGAUUGGGCCGCCUCUGCUCAUCCCUGUAUACUUCCAAUACCAGAUCAUCAUGACCAUGAUCACACGCAGAGACUGGGUGGACCUGGCCUGGGCCAUGAGCUACUACGCCCGCUUCUUCAUCACCUACAUCCCUUUCUACGGCAUCGUGGGGGCUGUCCUCUUCCUCAACUUCAUCAGGUUCCUGGAGAGCCACUGGUUUGUGUGGGUCACGCAGAUGAACCACAUCGUCAUGGAGAUCGAGUGCGAGCCGUACCGCGACUGGUUCAGCAGCCAGCUGGCCGCCACCUGCAACGUGAAACAAUCCUUGUUCAAUGACUGGUUCAGCGGGCACCUCAACUUCCAGAUCGAGCACCACCUCUUCCCCACCAUGCCCCGGCACAACUUCCACAAGGUGGCCCCGCUGGUGAAGUCCCUGUGUGCCAAGCACGGCAUCAAGUACCAGGAGAAGCCGCUGCUGAGGGCCCUGCUGGACAUCAUCAGGUCCCUGAAGAAGUCCGGAGAGCUGUGGCUGGACGCCUACCUCCACAAAUGAAGCUGCAGCCUUUGGGGCACCCAUGGGGAUGGGGGAGCAGGUGGGGAGUGCUGGCCACAGGGUGGGGGGUGGGCUUUUGUUCCGAGGGGUGUCUGCGAGGCCAGGGUAUACGCUGGCUCACAGACCCCAUAGUUGAUUUUCCGCUUUCCCUUUGUCUCCCUCAUGGGGGGGCCUUCUGUCGGGCGGCCCCUCACCCUCUCUCCCAGCCCCCAGCCCCAGGAACAGAGAGAGGUGGUCUGUCCUGGCCCCCCAGCUUCUGCCUCUAAAAUUCUGCAGGACCAGAGGUCCACAGAUGCGGCCUGGGAUGCCCCCGCCUUGCUGCCUGGCCCCUAGGCCUCACACCCCCUUUUCUCCCUCAGAUGCUCUUGGCGUCCAUGGGCGGGGGUCCUAGUGGGGCGCAAUGGUCUCCCUGGCCGCCGGCGUGUGCCAGUGUCAGGGAACAUGUGUGCUCGUGCCCGUCUCCUGCCCCGCCCACGCCGGGACCACUGGUGCGGGGGGGGGGGGGUGCCCCUUGCUGGUGCCACUUCUCUUCCGAAGUCCAAGGUCCUGGCCUGGCUCCCGGCCCCCUUUGCCUGAGCAGUGCAGCCAGCUCAGACCUCGGGCCCCCGGAAGUGUCUUCGCCCCACUGGUGCCCUCUAACCCAGGGCAUGUGCUGUUCCACCUCAUGUCUUCCCAGCUGCACAGCCCAUGACCUUGGGUCCAAGGGGGCGGUCCUGAAGGUGGGCUGUCAUGUCAGGUCAGGUCCGAGGAUCAGCCCUGCGCCCGCUCACCUCAUCGGGCUGGGAGACCCCAGAUCCUAGAGCGAUCAGUUCCUUCUUCAAAGUGCUCCGUUACCUGCCAGGCGGUGCCAGCCAGUCUCUAGCCGCUUAGCCAAGUGGCCUGGGGCCCUUCCAGCUGCAGGAAGGUACCAGAGCCUCACGCAGCCCCUCCCAGAGUUGGGGCUGCCAGCGUGGAUGUGCUCACACUGUCUUCCACCCUCCCGUCUUCGGGUUUUUUAACCUUUUGUUAUAGGGUACGUUCUGCCCGGAGGGUGGCAGCAGGGCUGGGCCUUGUGACCACCUUUCACCCCCUGCCCCUCACUGCCUCCCCGGCCCCGCAGUGGGCUGAGCCGGGCUCCCUCACUGAGGCCACAAUGGCCCUGAGUGUGGGCGCUGCCGGGGCCGCUGCUGUCGAGAGCACCGUGGGGGUCACAGAGGGAGCUCGUCUCAAAGGAGGUGACCCUGAACAGCUGGGGGACAGAGGGAGGUCGCGUGAGGGCCGAGUGAAAACUGCAACAAGGCGAUUGGGGCCGGAGGCCAGGUGGCUGAGGGGUUGGGAAGUGAGAGGGAGGGAGGGCUUCAGGCUGCCGCGUUCGGAAAUCUAACCCACUAACCAAUAUUUAGCGUUAGGGGGAGGGGAGCAGAAGCAACCUCACGGUGGGGGGUCUCGGGGGGAAGGCUGCAGUCCCCCAGCUCUGGCCAGCCGGAGGGACCAGCUCUAGAGUGACAGCCCUUCAGAUUGCCACGGCAGCAUGGGCCCCUGAGGCUCUCUCACUGAGAACGCAGGCCCAAGGACCUGUCUCUCCCCAGAGACAGAAUGAACCCAUAGGGAACGGAUCUUAAUUUUUACCAGGUUGCUUCCCCGCCCCCUACACUUUUUGGAAAUAAAAGUAAUUUUAUUCUCA